UGGAAAGUGGCAUUAUGUUAUGGUCACUUGAGGACCAAGCAAGCGAGCAUUAUGUGGAACAACAAUCCGGUGUGCGUAUUCUCAUUUUGUCGAGGGAAUGGCAAAGGGGAUACCCGGUUAUGGUACGGAAGCCGAUGUCUGGUUGGGUCAUAGUCAUUGUUGGUGUCAUGGUUCCUGGCUAGGGCGGCGGUUUAUGGUCUGCUCAUGAAGAGGAAGAGGUGGACACCUUGUGAUGGCAUGCAAAAUAGCAUGACCGUAGCGCGUUCGAAUAAGCUACUAUAUGUUACACUUUAUGUAUGUCUCUAAAUGUAUCAUAUGCUUAUUGGUAGUGAAGAGAUUAUUACGUUUGAUGGUGCCUGUUUCUUUGUCAGGUCGAGCU